AUGUCUUCGGUAGAUGAUACAGAGGUCAUUAAUCCUGAUGAAUUGAUAACUUAUAUCUUUCCAGAUUUCAAUGCUAUCAAGUAUUUUCAACGGGACUUCAUUAAUACAAAUGAAUUCCAUUUGGUUGAGGAAAAUGUUUCAUCUGGCUUUGAUGUCUACUUGGUAGAACAAUGGGUGCUUAAUAGGAAGAUCGGUACUAUAAUAUCAACGUAUACUGGUAACAUGGAGUCGAAGGUGGCAGUUGUUAAGUUUACGGUAUUGAAGAAACCAGUGAAGAAUUAUCCACUUCGAUUCCAGGAAUAUUUGAAUGAACUCAUGCUUAAUCAUGCCAAAAUCAAAAAAAUGGAUAACGAAAUACAGAUGGCUCCCAAAGAGUUACUAUUUGUGACAAAUUCAGCAUCAUUACCAUCAAAUCUCAACUUGAUCACUAUACCCACUGGAGAUAUAAGAUUGAUGGAGAACGAUUUUAUUGUGAAUUCAAAUUUGAAAAAGUUACAUUGUAGUGGGAGGUCGUUAUCGUUAUUUACAGAUAAAAUAUCUGGUGCAAACGAAGACAAAUUCAGGCAUGUUUAUAAGAUUUAUAAUCUUAACGUGCCCAUAAAAUUUGCUAUAAAGGAGCUAGUUAAUUUAAUACAGAUAUGUUUGUUCUAUUUUGAUCUUCUUGACGCCAAAUACUGCGAUGGAUUACUUUGCAAUAAAACGGAAGAAAGUAUAAGUGAAUGGUGGAAUCUAAUUGGUCUACCUCAUUAUAGUUUUAAACCUAAUAUCAGGAAUGGAAUAUUACCGGCAAGGACAGUAGCUGCGGUAAUUAGUUUGGUCUUGAGUGUCAAAAUAAGACUUCAAAUGAUCGGAGGUUGUGAUGUACCCAAAGAUCCAUUUGACUUUGAAAACUUUAUGCUUUCAAUAGGUCAAUUUCAACGGCAAUUUAAGUUGGAUAAACUGAGGAAAUUAGAUUUACAAACAUUGAACAAAUUAUUUACCAUCACUAACGCAAAGAUAAUACCUGAGAAAUCUAAUUUCAACUACGAUCAUAAUGAUGAAGUUCAGCCUGAAAAUUUAAUGAACCCCUCGAAUUUGAACUCUAAUUUAACGUCUCCUUAUAAAAAGAACAAGAAUUAUUAUAGUAAAGAAUUUAGAAAAUUCACUAACGUUGUCAAAAAUACUGUUCAGGAUCAUAUCAUUGCACCUAAUAAAGAUAACGAUGAUACAUUUCAGAAUAUUCCAAAAUCUAGUGGUAGAAUUAGAAAUAGAAUUGCCAAGCUAGCUGACAAUGUGAGUCCUUUGGAUGUUGAGACUUUGGACUUAGAAAUCUUGGUAAAAAAUUAUCUUUACGGUAAGAUUUUGACCAGAUUAUGGUUUGGUACUAACCAAGCUCCUCCUUCCGAACAGUCGAAUACUAUUCAACCUUCCCAGCUAGGACAUCAUCAUAGUCAUCAUCAUCGCCAUCACAGAUCAAAUUCGAAUCAUGAUUUGAAGUCUUAUAGGUUUAUGAGUCUAAAGGAUGCAAUAAGCCAAACUCAAACAUUACCAUAUUAUUCAAAUGGAUCUACAUCUGUUCCAGACGCUUCGAAAUAUUCUUUAGGCUUCAGCAAAAUGAAGCUUGGCUUACAAAACCGAAAACUUCUUGUGUCAAAUAACACUCCUAAAAAGCAUAACUUAACAUUGCAAGUAACUGAUGAUAACAGUAACAGUAACAGUAAUUAUCGUGGUAAUUCAAACUCGAUGCUAGAUUCAUUACUCAGUCCUGAUGAUAUAUGUCCUGAGCAAGAAGGUAGAAGCGAAGAAUCAAGUACACACUCAAAAUCCGAUAAACAAUAUAUAUCGAGUUUUAACAAAGUUUUAAAUCGGAGAAAUUCGUAUCCAUUCGUGGUACAACAAGGUGAGCUUAAUCUUAACAUCCUUGAAUUUUUACGACAUGAUUCUGAGUUUGGGAGUAAUAGAUAUCAGUUGAAGCGAAGCCUAAGUGGUUCAUUAUUAGAUGAUUACUUCUGUUCCAAAUCUGAGAAGCCAAUUCUUUCAAUUGAUAAAGUAUCAUCUAACUAUUUAACCAAUGUGAGUGAUCUAGUAAAAAUUGAAAAUAUUGAGAAGAAUAACAAUGAUUCAUCCACAGAUUUAAUAACUACAAAGAAAAUUGAAAAUUUAUAUAAUAAAUUAAAUCAUGAAAUCAUUACAUUUAAUCAUAUGCAUAACCAAGUAAUUAACAAUAAGAACAGACUUUUGGAAGGUGAUUUAGUCAACAGUCUAAAUUUUAAUCUCGAUGAUUUAUCAGCGACAAUUGAUAGAUUAGUUUAUGAGACUCGAAUAGUUGGUAAAAGAAUAAAUGAAUUCGAGGAAUAUUCCAACUUAUUUGAUAGUAAACUAAGUACACAAAGCAUGGAUAAAUUAUCCAAUAUAAUUGAUAAUUUGAUCUAUCUGAACCGAUUCAAUCAAACUUUCGUUGAUGUAAAUGAAAAGAAUGCAAUUAUUUCUGAAUUAACUGGUAAAAAUCCGACUGAAUUCUAUACUGAAAAAUCUCUGUCCAAGAGAGAUAGUAUUCUAAGAAUCGUGAUCAUUUUCAUUUAUGAGCUUUUAUCGUAUAUUUUUCAAGCCUUCAACCUUGAUAGGAACAAAAUGAAUUUUGAUAGAAUUGGACAAACAUGGAAAAAAUUGGACCCAAAUAAAAAGUAUAUUAACAAAAUCUAUUCUAUCAUAGGUAAGGAUCCCACCAAGACUCCACUUUCAAAAGACCCAAUCGAGAAAAAACAAUCUUAA